AUCCAGCAGGUGCUGAAGCCUGACGGGGUGUUCAUCGGGGCGAUGGUCGGCGGGGAGACCCUGUACGAGCUGCGCUGCGCCCUCCAGCUGGCCGAAACGGAGAGGGAGGGAGGGUUCUCCCCCCACAUCUCCCCCUACACCGCCGUCACCGACCUGGGUAACCUGCUGGGCCAGGCCGGCUUCACCAUGCUCACUGUGGACAUUGAUGAAGUUCAGGUUCACUAUCCAGGAAUCAUUGAAGUCAUGACGGAUUUACAAGGUAUGGGCGAGAGUAACUGUGCGUGGAACAGGAGACCGCUGCUGCACAGAGACACCGUUUUAGCCGCCGCCGCCGUGUAUAAAGAGAUGUACGGUGACGAGGACGGGUCCAUCCCUGCCACCUUUGACAUCCUCUACAUGAUUGGCUGGAAGCCUCAUGAGUCACAGAGCAAACCAGCGAAGCGCGGCUCGGCCACCGCGUCGUUUGGAGAUUUAUCGAAGAUCGGACAGACGAGCAACGCGAAGAAGUCGUAGAAUCACCUGAGGCCGUAAAACAGCUGACUGACUUCAGAGUGUACAUGCUAUAUUUUAUUUAAGCUAGCUCGUGUUGAACUGUUGAUGUGUGGAGUAAAGUUAUGUGAAACAGCAAA